AGCGGCCUGUGCAAUAUGUCAAAUUAAGUAUAGUACACCCAAAUAUAUAUUUAGCUGUAUGCGUUACAAAGCUAUACUCUAAAGUAACGCAAAAAAGUAAAAAUAGAAAAUACAUAAGAGCAGUAAAAUUUACUUUGUAGUGACAGACUCAUUGGAUUGAUAUUUGUGUUUAUCAUUGUGUUUUGAGAAUACGGAAGUGAUAGCUCGGCGGAUGUGACAAAUAUCUCGUGAAAUUAAUUUUGUUAUUUGACGUGGCCUUCCGUCUCGAGCAUUCUAAACUAGGAGUUACACUGAUAGAGUCAACUAGACGAUAUAACUGAUGUUUUAGGAUCGGAGACACCUGUUCCAAAUACAAAUAAUAACAAGCCGAAUCACAACAAUACAAUUAACUGCACAAUACGCGGACAUAAGAGAAAAGUAACGCAAUCUUCGUAAAUAAUUAAUCAACCCCUUAUUAGCUAGAUACCAUAAUGGGAGGAUCACACGGCAAGGGGUCGCAUACGAUCACACAACCAUCAGAUCCAAACCCCCAAGUUACUCCCCUCAUGCGCGCUGUACAGGAGAUGGAUCUUCCCAAAAUGAACGAAAUCUUAGACGGACAGAAUGCUAACAUUGAUACUGUAAACGGUGCAGGUCAAACCGCCCUUGAUAUCGCCUUGUUGCAUUCAGCUGCUAUUGCAGACGCGGAUGAUGAAGCUGAAGUCAAACGUGUGUGUAAUACGGCUAAAUUACUUCUCGCAGCCGGCGCAUCAAAAGUGUCAAGGGACACACUUUACACAGUGUGCACACAGCUAAGAAAAGUCGAUAGAAAAUAUAACCCUCUGGUCACGUUAACAAAGAUCGUCGCAGAGAAUUCGACGUCCAAGGAUGUCAAGGAACUUCUCCUGCAGGUUAUAAUCUGGUACCAAAGGCCUGAUUUGAUGGAAAUGUUGAUCAAAUCUGGAGCGGAUACAUUAUCCUUCUGGUUGGCGCACAACAAUAUGACCGAGCACAUACCAUGCCACGAGAGCGUAAGCUACUACGAGAGUAACAACCUCAUACCGCCACACGCCAUAGAAAGCUUCAUCAAAUCGGUGAAAAAAUCCAACAAGGCUGAAUUGGUGAAAUAUAUCGUCUCUGAUAUGGCUAAGUAUCCAACAGCGGCAAUUGACAAUGAAGCUAUCAAAGAGAAACUUGAUGUUCUUCAGCAACACGGUGCUACUAUUACGGAUGAGAUGAGGGAUUCGGUCCUGAACAGGUUGCAGUAAUAACACUUGUAAUACCAUACUAUACCAUACCAUACCAUACCAUAACAUGCCCUACAUCGCCAUGCCCGUAUCGAGGGCUCGUGCGAUUUCGGGCAACAUUUAGAUUUUCCGGCAAAAAUUAGACAUUUGAACAAUCGGAGCCCGCUUGGAAUCUUGUUACGUCUGUGAUUUAUCAUACUGAAAUGCGAAAGAGGCAGACGGGCCAAGUGCUUUUUUGUGCAUGGAUGGAAUAAGCCCUAUUCACAAAUCUGUAUCUUGGACGCUUAUACAAGUUGUAUAUGGAAGUUGGGAAAUGUGUUUUAUGUUAGAACACAUUAUGGAAGAUAUAACAGUUUGCAGUAAAACAACUAUAAACAUGUUUAUUCGUUUAUUUUUCCGUUUUAAUCGUCCAAAUGCUUGUUGUAUUUGACUUAGUUAUACAUUUUGUUACAAUCCAUGGAAAUACAUGUACGGCAACAUGAGUUGCAGAAACACCAUGGCGUCAACAUACAGAGCGUUCAAUAAAUACUGUUAAAAGGCUUUUUUGAUUCUAUUUUUCACGUCAUAAAUUGGACAAUGUAAAUGCUGUACUUUUAUUAAUACUUAUUGAACGUAUUGCAUUGAUGUUCGCCAUCAUUUUUGUCCAGAAAUAACAUUCAAACAUAUUCAUCAAAUAUAAUUUAUAUGAACAGAUUAAAGAUGAUUAGACAACUAGAUUAUGUAUGUUAUUUGCCAUCAACAUGACAUUUCGAAAUAAAUUAGCAUUGUCAUAUUUUCAGACCGUUAUACUUAAAAUAUGAUCCAUAAAGAGGGGAAAAUAUCCAUGAAUUCAUAGAUGAACAUUUUUUGAUAUAAAAUGAGAUUCAUCUUUACCUGCUGAAUCUUUGAAUUCUGGGACAUUUCGCUCUUAGAUUAUAUUUACCUACAUCGUGUUUCUAUGUUUUCUUUGAAAUUUAAGAGGUCGCUAUCU